CCUUCCAAAAUUUUCAUUUCCCUCCAUACAAACAAAUUUCAUUCCCAAACCUCAAACCCCAAAUGCAUUUCAGACUCAAACCCAAAAUGCAAAGAUUGAAGCCCCAAACCGCAUAGAACGAUACCGAAUCGGAAACCCCAAACUCAGAAACCAAAUCGAAAACCUCUCUCAGCUAACAUAUAAGAUACCGGAAGCUGCAGUGGUAUCUUCGGAUUCCGCUUCAAUGGAGAAACAUGCUGCUAGAUCACGUUCUUCAUCUUCCAAACACCAAAAUGCAUAUGUUGCUAAGAACAUAAUAUCCCAGGAUUUGUUUACCCUAGACUACAUUCUCAAUACGAUCUUUCGAAAGGAUGGCCCUCCCCUUGGUGUGGAAUUUGAUUCUCUUCCUUCGGGAAAACUAUUCCAUUGCAAAGAUCCUGAAAUUUUAUAUUCCUCUUGCAAAGAGAGCCAGAGAGCGGCUAAAAAGACAAAGCAAUCACUAUUGUGGACAACGAGGAGCACUUGCAUUGAAUUUUCUCAUCUGUUUUUUUUAAGAAAAGUGGUGCCUAAGAAGAAUAUUGCUGAAAUAACUAAAAGGUUCAACAUCCAAGUCAACAAUUUGACUCAGUUAUCUCCUGUAGAACUUCUUGAAGAGACUUAGAAGGCCGUUGGCGAUCUUCAACUUCCAAUUCGGCAUCGUGCACUAAAUUUUAUUGAGAAUUAUUUAGUUUUAUGGGGAUUUGAUGUAUUAUUUACAUUUCAUUUGUAUGAAUAAAUGUUGUAUGCAUAAGAAUUUUUAUUAUGAUAAAUAUAUAUUUUUUUACAAGUUAUGGUAAUA